UCGAAGCCUAACGAGAGAGAUUUUCUCACUUUUAAAGUUCAAUAUGUAAAGCUUGAGUGUGGUAAAUGACAACAGAACUUUCAAAAUUGUAAAAUAGUGUUUAUUACUCUGUGGCAAUGAGAAGAAACUGUUCUUCAAGGAUGAAGUUUCUCUGUGUGACACUGAUUUUCUUUGUCUUCAUGGAUUCUCAAUCAGAGUGUUUGAAGGUGGUUGGUCCAGCUGCUCCUCUUCUUGCUGUAGCUGGUGAAGAUCUGGUUCUGCCCUGCUCUAUCCAACCCAACACCAGUGCUUUAGAUAUGAGAGUAGAGUGGUUCAGAGUAGAUGUAACAGACUCAUUAGUCCAUCUUUAUAAAGACCAAGAAGACAAAAAUGAAGGACAGAUUUUAAGCUACAGGGGAAGAACAGCACUGUCGAAAGAGGAGCUGCAAAAAGGCAAUGCUUCUCUCAAACUCUCAGCAGUCCGAGCCUCAGAUGAGGGAGCUUACAAAUGUCUUGUUGAGGCCAAAUCCUGGUAUGAUGACAUUACUGUUAAUGUCAUUGUUGAGGUUCUGGGAACUCACCCGGUGAUCACUAUAGAGGGUUAUGACAACUUAGGAGGGAUCAAUCUAGUGUGUGAAUCUAGAGGCUGGAAUCCUAAACCUGAGGUUUGGUGGCUGGACAGAGAAGGGGUCACUUUGACUGCUGAAGAUACAGAGACACACAGAGACACUGAGGGCUUCCAAGUGAAACACAGCAUCACUGUUUACGAUAGUGGCUCCAACAGAUUCUACUGCAGACUUCAACAAAAGCAUCACAUGACGGAGAGAGACAUUAUCAUCUCGGGCAAGGUCUUUCAUGCAUGGAAGUUUGCUGUCUUCAGUAUUUCAGUUUUAGCAGUCAUCUUUGCUGUUGUCUUCACUGUAACUAUCACCUGUGUUUGUCAAAAGAAAGCAAUUCAGAAGAGAUUGGAAGAGCAAGAGAUUCUAAGCAAGAAACUACAAAAUGAUUUUGAAAAGGAGAGACAGUAUGCAGAAAUCCAGAGGCAGAGGGUAGAAGACGAGUUUGAAAAGAAAAUGAAGCAUGCAGUGAAUGUGACUCUGGAUGCUGAUACUGCAAGCCCAAAACUCAUCCUGUCUGGUGAUGGAAAACAAGUAACACAUGGAGACACAAAACAGGAUCUUCCUGACACCCCAGAAAGGUUUGACCAUUGUCCCUGUGUCCUGGGAAAGGAGGGAUUCUCCUCAGGAAAAAUUUACUAUGAGGUGCAGGUCAGUGGGAAGACUAAAUGGGAUUUAGGAGUUGCCAGAGAGUCCAUUAACAGAAAGGGGAAGAUUACACUGGACCCACAGAAUGGAUUCUGGGCUAUUGUUCUGAGAAAUGGGAAUGAGUACAGUGCUUGUGUUGGUUCUUCCAUCCUCCUCUCUCUGAGAGAGAGGCUCCAGAAGGUGGGGGUGUUUGUGGAUUAUGAGGAGGGUCUGGUCUCCUUUUAUGAUGUGGAGUCCAGAUCUCAUGUCUACUCUUUCAUUGGUCAGUCUUUCAAUGAGAAACUCUAUCCAUUCUUCAGCCCCUGUAAUAACAAAAGAGGUCAAAACUCAGCUCCGCUUGUUAUUUCUCCUGUUUCCGAAUGAGGUUUUGUCUAAAAAUCUUAGGAUCCUUCACUGUAAGGUCACACUGAAUGGAAGCACUCUGUCUGUGUGUGUGUAAGUGAAAGAGUUUUAAUGUUUUAAUCCUAAAUAGUCUUCCAUUCUUUUUUGUUCACACUCUUUCUGUGUAAUCUGUACAAUAUUCCACAGUAUUAUUUCAUUAAUGUAACUUGCACUUGCAGCUAUGGUGUCAUAUAAGAAUACAUGUGCAAUGUGUUAAAUUGACUAGACUAGAAUGAGAAUCACUGAAUCACUCAGAUUCAGACGAACAUUUAACAAUAGUCUUUUGAGUUACAUUCUCAAAUGCCAUAUCUAAAAUAUCCUCCUUUUAAGACAUUUUUCAGUUUGCACCCUGAACAAAUAUUUCACAUCAUAUUAAUGACAUUUAAACUCAUUAGUAAGAACACAUCUAUCUAUUACUCUAGAUUUUUGUGAAGCUAUUUUAAACCCAUGGUGUGGCUUCAAAUAUUGCAUGCAGAAAUAUCAUAGGUUUGACAGUUAUUCGGGAAUAUUAUAUAAAGGAGUUAAACAUUAGUAUUAAAAAUGACCAAGAACUGAACAAAAGCCAAAAGGUUUAGUGCACAGCUUUAAAAUUUUGCUUUAAAGCUUUUUUUUUCU